AUGACAGCAUUAUGUCCAGCAAUCCACCGUGUCGGCGAGGCCACGAAAGGGUAUUUCGACCAAGAGAAAAGAAUUCAAGACGAAGUAUGGCACGAUACCAGAUGGCCGCGCGUUCGUCUCGGAACCAAUGAAAUACUCAGCGUCAGCAUGGCCAAGAGGAUCGUCUUCUUAUUAAUAAAUGGACACUCGUACGACUGCAUUUCGUGCCACAUGACGGAAGAGUUUGGCCGGGAAAUUGACAGAGAGAGCGUUGAAGCUCUUCUCAAGAAAAAUUUCGAUGUUACCGACGAGCCCCUCCCUAGUGGCGAGACUUGCAUUCCGGCGACAUCACAAGACCCCCGUCAUGGGUAUGUCUCUGGACACAUGAUCCCGUCUGGGAUCUACUCUGAAAUUGUCCGUAAUCAUGCUUGGGGCUCAGCGAGUCUCGCAAACUACGUCAGAAGGCGCUGGGGUCUCGAACUAGACGAGGAGGUCAUUGAGGCAGCACAUGACUACUGGGUGGCUGAACAAGAGAUCAGAGGAUUGAACAACAGUCAACAAAGCAAUCAACCAGCGGGUGAAUCCCGCUCAUCUGUUGGAACUACUGUACACGCCGGUUCCCCCACAUUCCAGGGCAAAGCUGAGCACGACGUCAGCGUCAAAUGCUUCAGCUGGUCUAAUGUGAUGGACUAUUUGUUUACAGACUUGUCCAAGGUUGAUGUCUAUCCCGAAGGGCCGUCCGAACCAGUCAGGUUUCGGCCACGCCUCCAGAUCAUGAGACGAUUCAUGCAUUUCCGGCUCCUGGACCAAGAGGCUCGUCCACUCAUUCGCCGGUAUUCCUUCGAGGACUUCACCUAUCGAGAAUUCCUUGACCCUUUUCCCCAAGUAUACCCAUUAGCUAAGCUGAUCGGGGCAUUCUACCAAGAGAUGCAUAUUAGUGGGUGCGUGACAUCAAGAAAUGCCCUAUGGGACUUUCCAGAACAAGACAGUGUCCCUGGAUGGUGCUUCGUGCUCAAUCACAUGAGAUUGAGUAGAGGUGCGCCAGAAGCAUUGACAACCCUGGCAGAUGAAUUUUUCGCAGCAGCAUUCCACGAACUACUGCUGAGCAAGUGCGCUACUGUCGUGAAGGUUUUAGACAGGCGCAGGCCUCGUCUCCUCGCAUCAGUGCAGAGUUUCGAGGACCUGGAGAACUUGUUUACUGAGAUCCGCAAUGAAAGACUCGCCAGUCUGCCAAUCAGGCUGGAAGAUUUCGAAUGGCACAGCAAGCGGCUUCGGAUUUAUGCCCCUAACGACGACGGCGACUUUCACCCCCCCACGACUCAGUGGACAUCGGAUGCACACGAUAUACUUCCACACCCUUUCACCCCGAAUGACAAAUACCAACAAACUCUUGGAAAAAGUAAAGCUUUGGUCUACGGCCUUCUUGAUUCGGCUGACACGGACUUCACUGCCAGUAAGCAGUUUUUGGAGGGGCAUGUCGUUGAGAUGAAUGUACUCAUUCAAGAAGGCUCACCAGAGAAAGCAGAUAUGCAGACUAUACUUGGACGAAUCCGCGGCUUGAAUAGUGCCCAGGAAGGUCUCGAGAUUUCGGCGCAAUGGUGGGCCGCCGUCGUGACAAACCUUGCUCUGGCAAAAUUGGAUCAGCCCAGGCGGUCUACUCUGUGGUUAGCCAUGUCCAGUGAAUGA